AUGUUACAGGAGAGCUUGGGAUGGGUCUUUGAGGAUUGUUUCCCCUCGUAUUCACCUCCAGUUAUAGAAGACGACAUAAAACCUUUGGAACCACCACAGCCAGCAUCAGGAGACCUGACCACGAGCCCCUCACAUUCACAGUAAGUAUGAUAGCAAAACAACGCAGUCUAUGGAGCUACAGAGAAUAUCAGAACUUUCAAAAUAUCACAUUAUUGUAAAGAUAAAUAUUAAUCCGAGACUUAAAAGGUUACUCCAACCAAAAAACUGCGUUUUUAUAAAACACUGAGGAAAAUUCAUAAUUUUCUUCUGAAAUACCACAGGUGCAAAGCCGGGUCUCCAUAAUUUAUUCACUGAGUGUUCAUUGGUUGGAACGUAUAACGCCUCAGUUAUCAGCCCUGUCCCCACAAUAGGUGGUUACAGUAACCGCACUGCGUAACAAAAUGAAUGAAGGUAUUUACAGAAUUUUAUUAUGUUUAUGAAUACGAGUAAUUUAUUUAAUGUUACAACUGAACAAUGGGUUCAAUGAUUCAUUUAAAAGGUUUAGAAUCACAAGCAAUAUUGAAGGGAAGGGCAGAGAGAAAACAUGUAUUGAAAGGAAGCCUUUGGUCUAAUAUAACAGAUAAGUAAAUAAAAAUAUCUGCACGUUUCCUUCUCCAUCAACAAAAAAAUAAAAAAAUAAUAUUUAAUUAACCAACAAAAUAGGAAAUGGAAGCAUUGGUGAAGAUAACAGAAUAUAUUUAAUAUGAGAUAACUCCAUUCCAUUCAACCUCUUGUUGGUUUGCAUAUUGUGAAUAAAUUAUUUUAUUUUCAUGAUCCGUUGGCGGCUUUGCAGUGAUGAUCUGAUUUACACUGUCAGGGCGGGAACUGUGACAUUCCGGACACGUUCUGUGCACUUUGUAUAUGGCUACAUUGAUACUUUCUCAUUAUUAUGUUUAUAUUUCCCACCUUUUGAGAAGUACGUCAUGGCCAACUGUUCGAGUUCCCUUCUGGAACAGCAAAUUGUAACUCUUUCUCAUUACGCCUCGAUCCGUUACAGAUAUUAUGCUCCUUAGUUUAUCCUUCGUAUCUACAGGUGAUACUCGAAAAAUUAGAAUAUCGUGCAAAAGUUCAUUUAUUUCAGUAAUGCAAUAUAAAAGGGGAAACUAAUAUAUGAGAUAGACGCAUUACAUGAAAAGCAAGAUACUUCAAGCCAUGAUUUGUCAGAAGUGCGAUGAUUAUGGCUUACAGCUCAUGAAAACCCCAAAUCCACAAUCUCAGUAAAUUAGAAUAUUGUGAAAAGGUGCAAUAUCCUAGGCACACAGUGUCCCACUCUAAUCAGCUAAGUAAGCCAUAACACCUGCAAAGGGUUUCUGAGCCUUUAAAUGGUCUCUCAGUCUGGUUCAGUAGGAAUCACAAUCAUGGGGAAGACUGCUGACCUGACAGUUGUGCAGAAAACCAUCAUUGCCACCCUCCAUAAGGAGGGAAGCCUCAAAAGGUAAUUGCAAAGGAAGUUGGAUGUUCCCAAAGUGCUGUAUCAAAGCACAUUAAUAGAACAUUAUGUGGAAGGGAAAAGUGUGGAAGAAAAAGGUGCACAAGCAGCAGGGAUGACCGCAGCCUGGAGAGGAUUAUCAGGAAAAGGCCAUUCAAAAGUGUUGGAGACUUUCACAAGGAGUGGACUGAGGCUGGAGUCAGUGCAUCAAGAGCCACGACACACAAACGGAUCCUGGACAUGGGCUUCAGAUGUCGUAUUCCUCUUGUCAAGCCGCUCCUGAACAACAAACGUCAGAAGCAUCUUACCUGGGCUGAAGAAAAACAGACCUGGUCUGUUGCUCAGUGGUCCAAAGUCCUCUUUUCUGAUGAGAGCAACUUUUGCAUCUCAUUUGGAAACCAAGGACCCAGAGUCUGGAGGAAGAAUGGAGAGACACACACUGCAAGAUGCUUGAAGUCCAGUGAGAAGUUUCCACAGUCUGUGUUGAUUUGGGGAGCAAUGUCAUCUGCUGGUGUUGGUUCACUGUGCUUCAUUAAGUCCAGGGUCAACGCAGCCGUCUACCAGGAGAUUUUGGAGCACUUCAUGCUUCCUUCCGCAGAUGAGCUUUAUAGGGAUGCUGACUUCAUUUUCCAGCAGCAUCUGCCCACACUGCCAAAAGCACCAACGCCUGAUUCAAUGACCGUGGGAUUACUGUGCUUGAUUGGCCAGCAAACUGGCCUGACCUGAACCCCAUAGAGAAUCUAUAGGGCAUUGCCAAGAGAAAGACGAGAGACAUGAGACCGAACAAUGCAGAAGAGCUGAAGGCCGCUAUUGAAGCAACCUGGUCUUCCAUAACACCUCAGCAGUGCCACAGGCUUAUAGCUUCCAAACCAAGUACUGAGUCCAUAUGCAUGCUUAUACUUUUCAGAGGUCUGAUAUUGUUCUAUGUACACUCCUUGUUUUAUUGAUUGCAUGUAAUAUUCUAAUUUACUGAGAUUGUGGAUUUGGGGUUUUCAUGAGCCGUAAGCCAUAAUCAUUGCACUUAUGAUAAAUCACGGCUUGAACUAUCUUGCUUUGCAUGUAAUGCAUCUAUCUCAUAUAUUAGUUUCCCUUUUUAUGUUGCAUUACUGAAAUAAAUUAACUUUUGCACGAUAUUCUAAUUUUUCGAGUAUCACCUGUACAUUAUGGUAAAAAAAUAUUCAGUAAGUAUAUUCUUUUACUUAUGGUAAAAUUUGCUCUUAAAGGACCACUCUAGGCACCCAGACCACUUCAGCUUAAUGAAGUGGUCUGGGUGCCAGGUCCAGCUAGGGUUAACCCAUUUUUUCAUAAACAUAGCAGUUUCAGAGAAACUGCUAUGUUUAUGAAUGGGUUAAGCCUUCCCCCUAAUCCUCUAGUGGCUGUCUCAUUGACAGCCACUAGAGGCGCUUGCGUGCUUCUCACUGUGAUUUUCACAGUGAGAGCACGCCAGCGUCCAUAGGAAAGCAUUACGAAUGCUUUCCUAUGUGACCGGCUGAAUGCGCGCGCAGCUCUUGCCGCGCAUGCGCAUUCAGCCGAAGAGGCGGAUCGGAGGAGGAGAGCUCUCUGCCCAGCGCUGGAAAAAGGUAAGUUUUUACCCCUUUCCCCAUUCCAGAGCCGGGCGGGAGGGGGACCCUGAGGGUGGGGGCACCCUCAGGGCACUAUAGUGCCAGGAAAACGAGUAUGUUUUCCUGGCACUAUAGUGGUCCUUUAAUAAUUCCAGAUUUGUUCCAAACUGACAUUCAAACAUUUACAACAUUCGUGUGGGCAUUUGUGUAUAUUUUUGUAAUUCAUUAGUAUAUGGGAUUAUUUGGUCAUUUUAUUAAUUUUCCCAUAAAAUGCUUUUUUGAGUCAAAAUCUUCUGCUGGACCAUUUAUUAUGUGGUACCGUGACGCUGUCCUGUGGCGUUUUUAUUACAUUUUUGGGAUUGUAUUUUCUGACAAUCCACUCAUCCUUAGCAUGUUGUAAAUUACCUAAUAUAUGUCAAUUAUCGGGCCGGAAAAAUCAAAGUCUGAUUCUAUGGAAUCAAAUCUUCCAGUCUGACUGCUUUGACUUUGAAGUUCACUUUCAAUUUACCUGCAUUAUCACUUUAGUACAUAGCCAGGUAUAUAUUCUUUAAUAUCCUAUUUUCAGCCUUCAGAAAUCCCCUGAAGGUUUUUUCUCCAUUUGGCCUGUCCCAGGGUGCCUGAAGUACACUGGAUUGUUUUAGGUUUAUGAGAUAAAAUCGGCUUUUUGAAAAGUCCUAUAGCAGAUUAUUAAAGCAUUCUGAUUGGCUGUUCAGGUCUGUCUGGGCAGCGCUAACAUUCAGUAAUUACAAAUCCUGGGAGUUUAUUGCAGAUACAGCAACUUCUAAUGUGAGUUUCUAAUUUACAUUUUGUUAUUUGGGAAGUGCAGUAUUUAUACAACUGAAACAUUUACAGAAAUAAUACGUAAUUAUCAGCCUAGUGUAUCCCACUGACGCUGCACACAUCAACUACCUAAAAAAAAAGCGUUUCCCAAACCGAGCUAAAGAUAAAUUGUAUUGCUCGACUGACAAUAACCUGCAAACGGUUUCUUAUUUGUCAUCAAAACAACUUCACACUCAUAAAGAAAAACUAGAUUAAUUUUUUUUACUGCCCACUCGUAUACUAGGGGAUAAACUAUCAGUUGUAGCAUCUUCUGUCUCAGCUGUUGUGAGCUUGAUAAAGCAUAAAUAUAAAAUAUAUUAAAUGUACAUAUACUGGGGUGUUUUUUUCCUGAACUGUAGAGCCAGAUCUCUUUCCAACCCACCAAUAUGUUCCGAAGUCUGGUAGUGACAUACAGUCACUGCAUUCCAUCAGCCCUUUCUCCGCACCGCCUGCCCGCACAUGCCCAGCACCCAGAAGCGAUGACGAUUGUACUGGGCAUGCGCUACGCUCGACGAAGGAAAUCAAGAAGGAAAUUUCAAUAGAUCAGAGGCGAGGGACGCGAUAGCAGGUAUGUAUUCUGUGAAAAUAGGACUUGACAAAGCAAGUGGAGCUUUGUGCUAAGCGCAACAGUUUGUCAAGAUUUAUCAAGAGGCGAAAAAAUACAUAAGACAAAGUGGUCCCUACCUUACUUUCUGUAUUUUACAAGUAAAAUAUCCCAAAGGAAAAAAAAAGUAACAGAUACAGAGAGGAGGGGAGGGUGAAUUGAUAAGGUAUGUUUGGGGUCACAGAGCCGUGCUAAUUCCUUUGAUUACUGAAUGCACCCUGCCCGUGACGUCUGUAUGCAGAUGGUUUUACUUUCCACUACCUGACGCCCUGGGUAGAUUUGAGAAGCCCAACCAGUAACACCGACCCAUGGCUGCCCGCACUUAUUCCAGAUGAUUGACAGGCACAUGAUCACCCGCUCCAAAUAUUUCAGGGGACUUAGCCAUGGAUCAGACAAUCAGAGACCUUGGGUAAAUGCAGCCUAGGCCCUAGGUAGGGGCCCCAAACUUGUUGCCUCAUAGGACCCUGUGAGAUCAUAAUUCAAGUCAACUGAUGCCUCUGCAAACACAUGUAUUGCCCUAAGCAUUUAUUUCCGAAGCAUUUAUUGCAAUUUCAUGUCAGCCUGUUCCUGACAUUCCUUGGUCUGGUCACUAAUAAAGAGUAGUGCGCAUGCAAAAAAUAGGCAUGAUCUAUUUGUUUAGUUUUUUUCGACUUUGUUUAUUUCAAAUGGUAUUGUUUGUGGUGUAUAAGAAUGAUUCCCGGGGUCUGGUGUAAAUUCCCGCUAACCCAGUUGAGUUUUUCAGUUGAUAUUCUGGAUUAGGUAUAUCUAUUUUUGAUCCAUUGUAUCCAAGCGCUUGAUUUGUUACCCUCCAUCUCUCCAACACAAGCACUCACUGACAGACAGCAGUUCUAGCACUCCCUUUAUAUCCUUUCCAAUCAGUGACGUGCCCACUUUAGGUCAGAUAUUAACAGCUACGUUUUCUCAUUUUAACACAGUAUCACCUCAAUGAACACCCAAUUCAUAGACUAUAUAAACCCUGUGUAAUUGACAUGAUUCGUGCUCUCAUUUAAACAAGUUGAUGGAUUCCGCUACCCCAGAAUUAAAACUUUUUUUUUGGUCUCAGAACAACAGGAGACAUAUCGGAGGGUAUCCAUCAUAGCAAGUAUAGCAAUGAUACAAGAGUUGCAUAAAAAACAAAGUGCAAAGUAUCAGACAUCAGAGAAGGUUAUGUAUAUAUCGCAUGUGGUACAAGCAUUUUAGUAGCUAGACAUAGUUCAGGUUGCACCAGGUAGAGGAGCUAUCCCGGGUCUAGAUUGCUAAUAGUAUUAUUACAUAACCACUUCUCCUACUAUAAAAAUAGUUCAAACGCGUUUAUAUCUUUGAGCCUCUUUGAGAGAACGCCUGCUCUCACCUCUUCCUGAGCUCGUCCCAUAGAUGGAUCCAUUCUGUCUCUGUUUGUCUGAUCCUGGUGAUUUGGUUAGAUAGUUGCCUGGAUUGAUACACUUUUACAUUAGUGAAAUUUUUAUUGUGUUUGUUUUUUGAUGUCUGACAAGACCCCUUAAAUCCUUAAACCACCAUUGGCACAUGAGUAUAGCAACAUCUUUUCACUGAAAUAUCGUAAUGUUUUGCCUAUUGAUAAUUAUUUUUUAAUUGUGCCAUCAGUUAACCCUAUGAUGAACACGGCUGUCAGUGUAGUUGACUGCUUAUUCUCCAACUCAUUGCUUUUCCAACCAACAUUCCCAAACCGCUGUCUCCACCAAAAUCCUGCCAUUUUAAUUUAUUUCACCACUUUAUUGCCACUCCAUUAACCAUAAAAAAGUUAAUAUUUACAUUUAUGGCGCAAUCAUCCAUUUGUCUGUAUGUACAGCACUGUGGAAUAAAAUAUAAUAACUACGAGGACAUUUAAAAGACAACUGUCAACAAUUAUUCAGCUCUCAUUUUUUUAAAUGUUUAUUAUAUUUAAUGAAACAUAAUGAUAUUUUUUUAAUUAUGUAUAUUGAUUCUUUACUAAUUAGCUCAACUACUUCCAUGUAAGAUUCUAACUGGCUGCAUGCAUUGCAUGAUCACAGAAAACCUUAUAAAUAUCGGUUACACAAUGCAGAGCUUGUCGGCCACACCGUGAACGUAAACUGUCCUAUCUGCAUGUGAUGGGAAUUUCAUGACAACAUGCUACAAAUUAUCUGGGUAAAAAUAAAAUGAAUUAGCAGAGAAGAUAGCGUUAAUCUGUUUUUAUCUAAGAACAUUUCAGUUGACGGGUUCUAUGAAUGAGCUCCAUUUACAGGAAUAAAUCUUCUUCCCUGAUAAUUGAUCAUCCUGUAUCACAAUUUAUAUAAAUCAAUCAGUAUUCGAUAGACCUGUGCAUUCUGUUUCAAACGACUCGCGAUACGUCCGGAGUUUGGGAGAUUGAUGAUAACCUGAAAUCCCAAACUCCGAAACGCUAUAGGGAGGAAUCACUAACAAGCGAAACAGACAAUGGACAACGUUUAGUAUGUUUGCGAGUCUGCGGCUCCAACAAAAAUAGUUAUUGAUGGAAAAAUAAAUUGAUUGACGGCUGAGUGAGGAGCACAAAAAGGGGGAAGGGAGGAGCAGUAACUAAAUAUGAUAUUUAUAUAUUCAAUUAAUAUAUAAUAUAGAAAUAAAGAUGAUUUUAUUUUUUUCCCCUUUUUCCUCCUUUUCCCUAUGUUGGUUGUCUUCUCAUUUGAUCUGUAAACCAAAUGGUGGGAAAAUACUCCUAUUAUUGUGCUGUAAAAUAGACACAUAAUAUUUAUAUCCUGCCGUUCACUGACUGUGCGCACUCUUGGUUCGUGUGAAUCGGUUUUCCCUAAACGAUGGCAUGGAUGAGAUUUGUCUGGAUCAAAACAUGGACAAUCCCAAAUUGCCUGAAACAUUUUUUUCAGACAAGUCUAAUUCUUAUCCCAUGCUCAAAUCUAGCAUUCAACUAAACAAAGAAAAUUCUGUGAAAUCCUUUCUUGUUCAUCACCUUAUCACCCUAAUAAUCCACGUCUUUGGUAUCUAUCUAUCUAUCUAUCUAUCUACCCAUUAUCUAUCUAAUUAUAUAUCUAUCAAUCAUGAUCUAAUCUACCUAUCUAUCUAUAUAUCUAUCUAAUUAUCAAUCUAUCUACCUGUCUGUCUACCUGUCUAUCUAUCUAUCUGUCUGUCUAGACUCUAUAACAUAUACAUGUACUCAAAGAUCCUAUGUAUAGUAAUACAUUUAAUAAACAACAUUUUACUGAAAUCAAAUUUUUGGUCCAUACGUAUGGCUUGAAUAUAUAGAGUGAUGUGAAUAUGUUAAUUUUAAUUUAUACUAGAAGUGUAGCUGAGCUGGAGAAUUUUUCCAUUUCACUAAAUAUUAAAUUUCCAGCAAUUGUAAAAUAAAUCAGAUAUUUAGUCUGAUCAUAGUAGGACAGGUUGGCAAUAAAUGUACGGCCUCAUUUCUUCAUGCUCUAUUGAUUAUCAUUGUGCAGGUCAGCGACGUGCCUCUGGGGGGCAGUGUGUGACCGACGGACACAUCCCAAUCGUCAGUGUAAAUGGGAAGGAUCCAAACUUCACAAUUCCUACCUCUCAUCUCUUCACAUCGACCCUAAUGAUAAGGUGACCGUGGGAAAUGAGAUCACUGCUCAGUGGAAAUGGGUGCAAAUCAAUUGGAGGGAGGUGUGGAGAUCAGUUAAAAGGAUUGCAAUAAAAAAAAAUAUAUAAAGUUUGGAGAAAGCGUACAUUUUAGCAAAACCUUUAGGGUUUAUCUGAUAAACAACUGACUUGAAAAUGUUCUUCUAAGGGGACAGCAAUGGUUUCGGUGUUGUUCCAAGAAUGGUCUCUAUGAUCAGACUAGAAGUACGAAGAAACCUGAAAUGGGUAUACUUUGAUUCAUGUCUCAUAUUUUUACAGCUUCCUGCUCACAAGAACAAGUUCCCUGUCACAUCUCCAGCACUCAGAGAAAAACAGCCACCCCACAAACUGAGCAUGGGGAAGGAAGCCGAGCUAAAGCUAAUGAAGGUGAGAAUUUAUUCAAUGUACAUCUGUGGGUCACCAAAAAAACAAUAACAGCACAUAAUAUAUCCCUGGUAAGAUCUCACCUAGAGUAUUGUGUUCAGUUCUAUAGAGCAGAUCCCAGGACAUAGAGAGGUAGUGAUAGUACUUUAUAGAUCCCCGGUAAGAUCUCACCUAGAGUAUUGUGUUCAGUUCUAUAGAGCAGAUCCCAGGAUGACAUAGAGAGGUAAUGAUAGUACUUUAUAGAUCCCCGGUAAGAUCUCACCUAGAGUAUUGUGUUCAGUUCUACAGAGCAGAUCCCAGGUGGACAUAGAGAGGUAGUGAUAGUACUUUAUAGAUCCCUGGUAAGAUCUCACCUAGAGUAUUGUGUUCAGUUCUAUAGAGCAGAUCCCAGGAGGACAUAGAGAGGUAGUUAUAGUACUUUAUAGAUCCCGGUAAGAUCUCACCUAGAGUAUUGUGUUUAGUUCUAUAGAGCAGAUCCCAGGACAUAGAGAGGUAGUGAUAGCACUUUAUAGGUCCCCGGUAAGAUCUCACCUAGAGUAUUGUGUUCAGUUCUAUAGAGCAGAUCCCAGGAGGACAUAGAGAGGUAGUGAUAGCACUUUAUAGAUCCCCGGUAAGAUCUCACCUAGAGUAUUGUGUUCAGUUCUAUAGAGCAGAUCCCAUGACAUCGAGAGGUAGUGAUAGUACUUUAUAGAUCCCGGUAAGAGUCAGUCACCUAGAGUAUUGUGUUCAGUUCUAUAGAGCAGAUCAGAUCCCAGGAGGACAUAGAGAGGUAGUAGAGAGGUAGUACUUUAUACCCUGGUAAGAUCUCACCUAGAGUAUUGUGUUCCGUUCUAUAGAGCAGAUCCCAGGACAUAGAGAGGUAGUGAUAGCACUUUAUAGAUCCCGGUAAGAUCUCACCUAGAGUAUUGUGUUCAGUUCUAUAGAGCAGAUCCCAGGAGGACAUAGAGAGGUAGUGAUGGUACUUUAUAGAUCCCCGGUAAGAUCUCACCUAGAGUAUUGUGUUCAGUUCUAUAGAGCAGAUCCCAUGACAUCGAGAGGAUGUGAUAGUACUUUAUAGAUCCCCGGUAAGAUCUCACCUAGAGUAUUGUGUUCAGUUCUAUAGAGCAGAUCCCAGGAGGACAUAGAGAGGUAGUUAUAGUACUUUAUAGAUCCUAGGUAAGAUCUCACCUAGAGUAUUGUGUUUAGUUCUAUAGAGCAGAUCCCAGGACAUAGAGAGGUAGUGAUAGUACUUUAUAGAUCCCGGUAAGAUCUCACCUAGAGUAUUGUGUUCAGUUCUAUAGAGCAGAUCCCACCCCAGGAGGUACUAUAGAGCAGGUAUAGAUAAGGGUAAGAUCUCACCUAGAGUAUUGUGUUCAGUUCUAUUAUAGAGAGGUCCCACUCUAGAGUAUUGUGUUCAGUUCUAUAGAGCAGAUCCCAGGAGAGACAUAGAGAAGGAGUAUUGUGUUCAGUUCUAUAGAGCAGAUCCUUUGAUAGUACUCCCGGUAAGAUCUCACCUUAAGUUCACCCCCGAGCAGAUCAGGGACAUAGAGAGGUAGUGAUAGUACUUUAUAGAUCCCCGGUAAGAUCUCACCUAGAGUAUUGUGUUCAGUUCUAUAGAGCAGAUCCCACAUCCCCCGGUAAGGAGUAUUGUGUUCAGUUCUAUAGAGCAGAUCCCAGGAGGACAUAGUGAUAGUACUUUAUAGAUCCCUCGAGUAAGAUCUCACCUAGAGCUGAGUCAGUUCUAUAGAGCAGAUCCCAGGAGGACAUAGAGAGGUAGUGAUAGUACUUUAUAGAUCCCCGGUAAGAUCUCACCUAGAGUAUUGUGUUCAGUUCUAUAGAGCAGAUCCCAGGAGGACAUAGAGAGGUAGUGAUAGUACUUUAUAGAGGUAAGAUCUCACCUAGAGUAUUGUGUUCAGUUCUAUAGAGCAGAUUCUUUAUAGAGGUAAGGAGUCCCAGGGAGGACUUUAUAGAUCCCUGGUAAGAUCUCACCUAGAGUAUUGUGUUCAGUUCUAUAGAGCAGAUCCCAGGACAUAGAGAGGUAGUGAUAGUACUUUAUAGAUCCCUGGUAAGAUCUCACCUAGAGUAUUGUGUUCAGUUCUAUAGAGCAGAUCCAGGACAUAGAGAGGUAGUGAUAGUACUUUAUAGAUCCCCGGUAAGAUCUCACCUAGAGUAUUGUGUUCAGUUCUAUAGAGCAGAUCCCAGGAGGACAUAGAGAGGUAGUGAUAGCACUUUAUAGAUCACCCGGUAAGAUCUCCUAGAGUAUUGUGUUCAGUUCUAUAGAGCUCCCAGGCUAUAGAGAGGUAGUGAUAGUACUUUAUAGAUUCUCACCUAGAGUAUUGUGUUCAGUUCUAUAGAGCAGAUCCGAGGACAUAGAGAGGUAAUGAUAGCACUUUAAAGAUCCCUGGUAAGAGCUCAGCUAGAGUAUUGUGUUCAGUUCUAUAGAGCAGAUCCCAAGAGGACAUAGUGAUAGUACUUUAUAGAUCCCAGUAAGAUCUCACCUAGAGUAUUGUGUUCAGUUCUAUAGAGCAGAUCCCAGGACAUAGAGAGGUAGUGAUAGUACUUUAUAGAUCCCCGGUAAGAUCUCACCUAGAGUAUUGUGUUCAGGUCUAUAGAGCAGAUCCCAGGAGGACAUAGAGAGGUAGUGAUAGUACUUUAUAGAUCCCCAGUAAGAUCUCACCUAGAGUAUUGUGUUCAGUUCUAUAGAGCAGAUCCCAGGAGGACAUAGAGAGGUAGUGAUAGUACUUUAUAGAUCCCGGUAAGACCUCACCUAGAGUAUUGUGUUCAGUUCUAUAGAGCAGAUCCCAGGACAUAGAGAGGUAGUGAUAGUACUUUAUAGAUCCCGGUAAGAUCUCACCUAGAGUAUUGUGUUCAGUUCUAUAGAGCAGAUCCCAGGACAUAGAGAGGUAGUGAUAGUACUUUAUAGAUCCCCGGUAAGAUCUCACCUAGAGUAUUGUGUUCAGGUCUAUAGAGCAGAUCCCAGGAGGACAUAGAGAGGUAGUGAUAAUACUUUAUAGAUCCCCAGUAAGAUCUCACCUAGAGUAUUGUGUUCAGUUCUAUAGAGCAGAUCCCAGGAGGACAUAGAGAGGUAGUGAUAGUACUUUAUAGAUCCCCGGUAAGAUCUCACCUAGAGUAUUGUGUUCAGUUCUAUAGAACAGAUCACUGGAGGACAUAGAGAGGUAGUGAUAGUACUUUAUAGAUACCCGGUAAGACCUCACCUGAGUAUAGGUUCAGAUUUCUAUAGAAAUCCCAGGAACAUAGAGAGGUAGAGAUAGUACUUUAUAGAUCCCGGUAAGAUCUCACCUAGAGUAUUGUGUUCAGUUUAGUAGCUGAAGAUAUGGUCUCCAGUACUGUGUACAAUACUCCAAGUGAGGUCUCACCAGUGUUCUGUACAAUGGCAUGAGCACUUCCCUCUUUCUACUGCUAAUACCUCUCCCUAUACAAUCAAGCAUUCUGCUAGCAUUUCCUGCUGCUCUAUUACAUUGUCUGCCUACCUUUAAGUCAUCAGAAAUAAUGACCCCUAAAUCCCUUUCCUCAGAUUUUGAGGUUAGGACUCUAUCAAAUAUUCUGUACUCUGCCCUUGGGUUUUUACGUCCAAGAUGCAUUAUCUUGCACUUAUCCACAUUAAAUGUCAGUUGCCACAACUCUGACCAUUUUUCUAGUUUACCUAAUUCAUUUGUAAUUUGGCUUAUCCCUCCUGGAAUAUCAACCCUGUUACAUAUCUUAGUAUCAUCAGCAAAAAGACAUACCUUACCAUCAAGACCUUCUGUAAUAUAAAUAUAUAAAAUAUUAAACAAUAGAAUGGGCCCAGGUACAGAUCCCUGAGGUACCCCACUGGUGACAAGCCCAAGCUUCGAAUAUAUUCCAUUAACUACAACCCUCUGUUGCCUGUCACUCAGCCACUGCCUUACCCAUUCAACAAUAUUGGAAUCCAAACUUAAAGAUUGCAGUUUAUUGAUAAGCCUUCUAUGUGCAACAGUGUCAAAAGCCUUACUGAAAUCUAGGUAAGCAAUGUCUACUGCACCACCCUGAUCUAUUAUUUUAGUUACCCACUCAAAAAAAUCAAUAAGAUUAGUUUGGCAUGAUCUCCCUGAGGUAGACCAAUGUUGUCUCUGAUCUUGAAAUCCAUGUAUUUUUAGAUCUUCAACAAUCCUAUCCUUUAACAUGGUUUCCAUCACUUUCCCCACUAUUGAAGUAAGGCUUACCGGCCUAUAGUUGCCCGACUCCUCCCUAUUACCUUUCUUGUGAAUGGGCACAACAUUCGCUAACUUCCAAUCUUCUGGGACUACUCCUGUUAACAAUGAUUGGUUAAAUAAAUCUGUUAAUGGUUUUGCUAGUACACCACUAAGCUCUUUUAAUAGCUUUGGGUGUAUUCCAUCAGGUCCCAUUGACUUAUUUGUCUUUACUUUUGAGAGUUGAAAUAGAACCUCUUCCUCUGUAAACUCACGUGUAAUAAAUGACUCAUUUGUCCUUUUUCCUAACUGAGGCCCCUUUCCUUCAUUUUCAUCUGUAAAUACAGAACAAAAAUAUUAAUUGAGGCAGUCAGCUAGACCUUUAUCCUCUUCUACAUACCUUCCUUCUUUUGUUUUUAAUCUAACUAAUCCUUGUUUUACUUUCCUUUUCUCAUUUCUGCCUAAUCUUACCAGAGAUCUAUAAAGUACUAUCAUUAUUUUGCUUGUACCUCAGAAUUAUUACUGCACCUUGUCAGGGUCCACUAUUUCCUUGUUCCACCCAAAAAAUGAUAGAUGUGUCUUUAUAUGAGUGUAUUCUUGUUUAGUUUGCAGGAAUAAUAAAUUUUUUUCUCUUUUUUUUCUCAUUGUGUCUCUUUCAUUAUUCUCUCAUUUUGAAAAUAAUUCUACCUACCACCUGUUUCCUUCCAUUGUGCUGCUAUCCUACCGCUGCCAUUUGCAAACUCUCCACCUUUGUUUCAAUCACUUUGUCGCUCUCUCUCAUCCUGCCCAUGGGUUUCUAUCCCAUGGGUCUCUCUCUCCUGGUGUCUCUCUAGGUGGCCUCGGUAUCCGUCCACGUGAGUGGUUUCAGUCCAUCUCACCACCUGCAAUCUCUGUUCCAGCACUGGACCCAGCCCCAGGGCAAGCCUCGGCUGAAAGUGGCCUACGAGUUCAAGCACAGUCUUAUGGCUUAGAUCCAUUCUGUGUUGGGGUUUAAGCAUGGUCUCCAGAUCUAGAUCCAUUCUGUGCUGGGGUUUAAAAGCACAGCCUGGUGGUCAAGAUCCAUUCUGAGCUGAGGUUUAAGCACAUCCAUUCUGAGCUGAGGUUUAAGAACAGCCUGGUGAUCUAGAUCCAUUCUGAGCUGAGAUUUAAUCACAACCUACUGGUCUAGGUCCAUUCCAAGCUAAGGUUUAAGCACAGCCUGGUGGUCUAGAUCUAUUAUGAGCUAAAGUUUAAGCACAGCCUGGUGGUCAAGAUCCAUUCUGAGCUGAGGUUUAAGCACAGCCUAGUGGUCUAGGUCCAUUAUGAGCUAAAGUUUAAGCACAGCCUGGUGGUCUAGAUACAUUCUGAGCUGAGGUUUAAGCACAGCCUAGUGGUCUAGGUCCAUUCUGAGCUGAGGUUUAAGCACAGCCUGGUGGUCUAGAUACAUUCUGAGCUGAGGUUUAAUCACAGCCUGGUGGUCUAGGUCCAUUCUGAGCUGAGGUUUAAUCAAAGCCUGGUGGUCUAGGUCCAUUCUGGCUUAGGUUUAAUCACAGGUGGUCGUCUUUUUGAUCCAUUAUGAGCUGUGGUUUAAGUGCAGCUUUUUGGGGUUAAUUCUGCUGUUCACCUUCCAUUAUGAACUGGAGUUUGUCAGUCUGCUGGUAUAGAUCUGUUCUGUCCUGGGGUCUAAGUAUAUUUUUCUGAUCUAGAUCAUAUCUGCACUGGGAAGAAUUGCAGCCUGCAAUUCUAAAUUCCUUCUGAGCUAGGAUUUAAGCUGUCCAUCAGUUUGAUCCAUUUUUAAUUGGUGUUUAAGGUCAGUCUAUUAGUCUAGAUAUAUCCCCAGUCUACUCAUCUAGUCUAGACCCAUUCAGAGCUGAGUAUAAAUACAGCCUGCAAUUUUAUAUCCAUUCUGAGUUUGGCUUUGAGCUCAGUCUACUGAUCUAGAUCCAUUCUGAGUUUGGCUUUGAGCUCAGUCUACUGGUCUAGAUCCAUUCUGAGUAUGGCUUUAGGGUCAGUCUACUGAUCUAGAUCCAUUCUGAGUUUGGCUUUGAGCUCAGUUCCCUGAUCUAGAUCCAUUCUGAGUUUGGCUUUAGGGUCAGUCUACUGAUCUAGAUCCAUUCUGAGUUUGGCUUUAGGGUCAGUCUACUGGUCUAGAUCCAUUCUGAGUUUGGCUUUAGGGUCAGUCUACUGAUCUAGAUCCAUUCCGAGUUUGACUUUAGGGUCAAUCUAGUGAUCUAGAUCCAUUCUGAGUUUGGCUUUAGGAUCAGUCUACUGAUCUAGAUCCAUUCUGAGUUUGGCUUUAGGGUCAGUCUACUGGUCUAGAUCCAUUCUGAGUUUGGCUUUAGGGUCAGUCUACUGAUCUAGAUCCAUUCCGAGUUUGACUUUAGGGUCAGUCUAGUGAUCUAGAUCCAUUCUGAGUUUGGCUUUAGGAUCAGUCUAGUGAUCUAGAUCCAUUCUGAGUUUGACUUUAGGGUCAGUCUACUGGUCUAGAUCCAUUCUGAGUUUGGCUUUAGGGUCAGUCUAGUGAUCUAGAUCCAUUCUGAGUUUGGCUUUAGGGUCAGUCUAGUGAUCUAGAUACAUUCUGAGUUUGGCUUUAGGGUCAGUCUACUGGUCUAGAUCCAUUCUGAGUUUGGCUUUAGGGUCAGUCUACUGAUCUAGAUCCAUUCCGAGUUUGACUUUAGGGUCAGUCUAGUGAUCUAGAUCCAUUCUGAGUUUGGCUUUAGGGUCAGUCUACUGAUCUAGAUCCAUUCCGAGUUUGACUUUAGGGUCAGUCUAGUGAUCUAGAUCCAUUCUGAGUUUGGCUUUAGGAUCAGUCUAGUGAUCUAGAUCCAUUCUGAGUUUGACUUUAGGGUCAGUCUACUGGUCUAGAUCCAUUCUGAGUUUGGCUUUAGGGUCAGUCUACUGAUCUAGAUCCAUUCCGAGUUUGACUUUAGGGUCAGUCUAGUGAUCUAGAUCCAUUCUGAGUUUGGCUUUGACAUAUUCCAAAGAAACGGAACCAAAAUUGUUGGAUAACCCUUCUGUUAAAAUUAGAGCAUCGAUCAUUAAUGUGAAAAUUCCAAAAUGACAACCUGAAAUAAUCAGAGACAAUACUUUCCAAAAACCUAUGCCAGUAUUAGGGAAAAUCCUUUAUUAAGUGCUAGGAUAAAUAGUGAGGGUAUGUCUACUAAAUGUCUAAUGUAAGGUUAAGCCAUUAAGCUAUAUCACCUCGUUAAAAGGUUAACAGAACAGGGUUUUUACCAGUGACCACCUGUAAUGGAUAGGAAGUUACUAAACCAAAGACUGGUUUAAAUAGUGUAUCAAAAUCGCUCGCCCUACUAACUAAGUAACAGGAUAUAAGCCGUGGUUGUGGGUUAACUGAUACAAUGAAUGUCUCUUAGCUGAAGGGGUAGCUAUUUGGAUACACAGAGCUGACCGUGCUGAUAAGCUAUAGAAAGAGAGAGGAUAUUAAGCUUUCUGAACAAUAAGUAGGCUGAAAAAAAAUCAAAUGGGAUUAUGCAGCCAGCAAUUAUCCCUUAGUAUUAAAUGAUAUCCAUGCCCAAAUUAGUUUCCUAAAUAGACUCGGGGUUCCUCUAUCUUAGCCGGGAUAUAUGCUUGCCCUGAUGAACGGUGAGUUCUAAUAAACUGCUCGGCAGAAGUCUAUGCUGCGUAAUAGCUGGAAAAUAGAGAGUCCUGGUAAACUGUCUGUUGUAAAUCCUUGCCCCAAAUUGCUGAACGUUCUAAUAGACUGCUCGAUAAGAAUCUGUGCUGCCUUAUAGAUAGGAGAUAAAAGUUACUGAAACACUAAUCUAGGCGAAUCCUUUGUCCCAGUGACUGGAAAUAGGUUAUAUAUGUAUCAUGUAUAAAUAACCUAAUAGCUAGAAUCCCUAUAUAGGAGUAGACUCGGGCUAGCCAAGAUAGUCUGUAACAGGAACCUAGCCUAAUACGUAACUAUCAGCCACUAGAAACUGACGGCUAGCUUAACCUAAACGUAUAGUAAAUAAUUCAAGUUGCCAUAAAAAUAUGUCACUAUGAACACGUUUAUCCUUAAUGAUUCAUUAAUUAAUUAAGAUUAUUUCAGGUUGUCAUUUUGGGAUUUUCACAUUAAUGAUCGAUGCUCUAAUUUUAACAGAAGGGUUAUCCAACGAUUUUGGUUCCCUUUCUUUGGAAUAUGUUUUGCAUUUAAACUAGGGUUAGGCCCUCAUUAGUUGGAUAUCCCAUAGAGACCUUUUUUCCUUCCUUUAAUCUUUAAUGAGUUUGGAUUUGAGCUCAGUCCACUGAUUUAGAUCCAUUCUGAGUUUGGCUUUGAGCUCAGUCUACUGGUCUAGAUCCAUUCUGAGUUUGGCUUUAAGGUCAGUCUACUGAUCUAGAUCCAUUCUGAGUUUGGUUUUGAGCUCAGUCUACUGAUCUAGAUCCAUUCUGAGUUUUGCUUUGAGCUCAGUCUACUGGUCUAGAUCCAUUCUGAGUUUGGCUUUGAGCUCAGUCUAGUGAUCUAGAUCCAUUCUGAGUUUGGCUUUGAGCUCAGUCUACUGAUCUAGAUCUAUGGUGAGUUGGGCUUUAAGAACAGUCUACUGAUCUGGAAAUAUUCUGGGCUGGGAUAUAAAUGCAGAGCAGAACACGGGAGUUUUUUUCUUGUCACAGAAAAGUAUAUUUUCUACAAUAAAUGAUAAUGGUUAAUGUU